UGGCAGUUUCCGGGUCAUGCGGAAAUGAUGCAGGAGUAGAUGCACUUUAGGACGGUCAGGUUCUCUCUUUCCUCUUUGAGAUACAGUGAGAGACUGACCCUUUCCAAGACAGAACAUCGAGGGAGAGGGACACAGCCUGUCACCCGCUGAGGGAAAUUCUCUGCACGGAGACGAGUCUGAUAGAGAGGGCGGGGUGAGGGAUUAGGAACGCGGUCCGGGAAGGCCCCUCCCAGGGCUCCGGCUCCCACAAGCCUCACUGCCGGCAGGGUGCACAUUCAGGUUUGUUUGUGUUUCAGGUUUGCACACUCACUCGGUUAAGUCAGCGUAUCUCUAGGAUUCUCGUUGCGAUAACUGACUUGACUGCAAGGCGUCCAGACCCGAAACGUCAGUUUUCCUGCUCCUGCUGUGUUUGUCCAGCUCCACACCUUGUUAUCUCAGUCUCCAGCAUCGGCAGUUCCUACUAUCUCUGACUUGAGUGCGAAAUGCCCUGAGGAGACUAAGACUUCACCACUGAGUUGCACCUGCUAGGUAAACACUGUAUUCAAACCCGCCAUUGCCUGGCUAGCGAACUCUCUGAUUAUUCCAUUGGCAUUUACCCCUUUUAAAGUUAGAACUGGCGAAGAUCGGGAGAUGUCCAACCUAAACUGGAAACCCUUCGUCUAUGGGGGCCUGGCUUCUGUCACCGCUGAGUUUGGAACAUUUCCAAUUGACCUGACAAAAACUCGGCUGCAGGUUCAGGGUCAGCUUAUUGAUUCUCGUUACAAGGAGAUUAAGUACAGAGGAAUGUUACAUGCCUUGCUCAAGAUAUGUAAGGAGGAAGGAUUGAGGGCACUUUAUUCCGGCAUCAGUCCAGCUCUGCUGCGUCAGGCAUCCUAUGGCACCAUUAAGAUCGGGACUUACCAAAGUUUGAAGCGCCUUUUUGUAAGCUGCCCUCAAGAUGAAACGCUCCUUGUAAACGUUCUAUGUGGGAUUCUUGCUGGAGUGGUUUCGUCAACUAUUGCUAACCCUACAGACGUAUUAAAGAUUCGGAUGCAGGCUCAAAGUGGCCUUUGUCAGGGGAGUAUGAUUGGGAAUUUUAUUAAUAUCUACCAGCAAGAGGGCACCAGAGGAUUAUGGAGGGGAGUGAGCCUCACUGCUCAGCGAGCGGCCAUUGUAGUUGGUGUGGAAUUGCCAGUCUACGAUAUCACUAAAAAGCACAUCAUCCUGUCUGGCCUCAUGGGAGACACAGUCUACACUCAUUUUCUAUCAAGCUUUACCUGUGGCUUAGCUGGUGCCUUGGCCUCCAAUCCGGUUGAUGUAGUGCGGACUCGUAUGAUGAACCAGAAAGUGCUUUCAGGGACUCAUGUAAUUUACAAGGGGACUCUGGAUGGCCUUCUACAAACAUGGAAGACUGAAGGUUUCUUGGCUCUGUACAAAGGAUUCUGGCCCAAUUGGUUACGCCUGGGACCUUGGAAUAUCAUUUUCUUCAUUACAUAUGAACAGCUCAGAAAGAUCCCUGUGUAAUGUCCUGUUAAUCUCUGCAACAGUGUUCUUCAUGCUCACACUGCUGCCUGGCUUUUGUUUAUUGACAGGAGGGAAGCAUUCAUUCACCCUGUUGCCUUCCACCCUUGUAGGGAGUUGCAUGAAUGUUACUGCCCUUGAAUUCAAAUACAUUGUGUGGAAAAGAUGACUUAUGCACAGCGACCAAUGGCUUUAACUUUCUGGUAGCAAUUGAGAAGAUUCAUUGAAUUAAAGUCUCAAUUGAUUUAUGGUGAUACUGCCAAAUAGGAAACCACUCAACAGAAACGGGGUUGCGGGGUAGAACAACCCAACUGUGAAUGUCAGGCUGCACGUACAUACCCUCACACAAUCACGUGCAUUGCAUGCUCAACACACAACUGGGAACGUGUCUAUGGGGAGAUGUGUGCGAAUGUGGGGGUUACUCAUAAAGAGGCCUUUUGCACUUGAAGCUAAACUUGCAUUUGGACUGCCUUGAACUUUCUGGGCUUCAAAGGUUUGCCUGUGUCCUCAUAUUCGAUGUCCUCAUUAAUGAGUAUAUUCAUUAAGAUCCCAAAUCAGCAUUUAAUUACCAGUGAUACAAAUACAGAUUUCUGUGACCCAGAACACAUGGAUUGUCAACAGAGCAGAGUGGUGCAGACUUGAAGGUGAGCUAUUGGGUUUUGGGCCCCUCAUCUUGCGCAGUGCAGAGGUUGAGAUAUACUGGGCUCAGACCUUAGAAUGCCAUUAUGCACGACAUAAGUGAAUUUCUGUGCCUCGAGUCCUUCAACAAAUAUACAUAAAGUUGAAGAUAGGUUUCAGGAUCUUGGGAGCCUUGGCCACAUUCCACACAAUGUUGAUAUGCCAAAUCAAUUAGUAGCACGGAACUUGCAUUCGCUCUUUACAAAGUUGAAACUGGUUUGGAGGAGGAACAUUUGAAGUGUAUUGAUAAUUGGUGUAUUAUGUUCACAUCACGAAGCCGCUUCUCAAUUUUCAAGAACAACAAUUCCUUAAGAAUCAAUCAAAUUUACAAUAGAUCUUCAGUGUGAUUUCUUUUAACAUAUUCCUGAAGGUCUAAUUUUGAAGCUGGCUUUGCUUGCUGUUGAACUGGUUCAUUCUGCUGAAAGGGUGAUGCUUUAAACACCUGGUAAUUUUGACACUGUCAAUCCAGUUGGCAGACACUUCCCACCCUCAUGCAGAACAGCCCUGCACUAAGAAAUGAGCCUGCAGCCUGGUUUCCUAUACAAAGAUUUUUACUUUUACCUUGUCUACAUGUUUGAGAUGUUUACAUGGUUAUGCACCAGUGAUAGGAGCUUAAAUCAUGGAGUCACCAUUUGUUUUGCAGUUUGUUCAUUGAGAAAAAUUAUGUCAGAGAAAAACAAAUACUUGCCACUUGGUGACAGCCUCCAUACAAAUCUCAGCAUCAUUUCAGUAUUAGAUCGAACUCAGAAAGGUCAUUUCAAAACAAAAAGAGAUUCUCAAGUUGUUGAAGUAUUUUUAAGCUGUUAAUAACUAAAGCAGAGAGGUGUGCAAGCAUUCAUGGUUACUCAUUUAUUUUUGGGCCAAUAUGACAUACCAUUGGGAGCACUGAAGCUCUCCUCAUGGAUGAAUUUUAAGAAUGCUGCAUGUCAGUGACGUUGCUGAGACCUGUCUGCGGGCACUGUGGCCUGUCUUGACCAUGUCUGCAAUCACAAGAGUCUCGAGGGAGCUGGUGACUUCUAGUUCAGGUAUUACUGCAAUGCAGCUGUUUGUAUAGAUUAGAUUAGAUUCCCUACAGCGUGGAAACAGGCCCUUCAGCCCAACAAGUCCACACCGCCCUUUGAAGCAUCCCAUCCAGGCCCAUUUCCUCCCCCCUCUCCCC